GACGGAAAGGGCGGCAGGACGUUUGCCCUUUCGGUGCCGAAGUCCCCUGGCCAACCUGCCGUCGAGUGCAAAACACGUGUUUCCAAGGGCCCCCAGCAUCCCGUAAUUACCGAGUCCUUUCUGCAGGCCUUAGCGACUUCAAAAACUACAUCUCCCAGGAAGCUCCGCGAAAGCCGGCCUCACCUUGCGUCAUCACGUAGUCCCUCGCCGCAUUGGAACAAAAUAAUCCCUUCGUUUUUCUCAAGAGAGAUGGAAACCUUGAUGACUAGCUCCACCCUGCCACCCCUUUUUGCAGAUGAAGAUGGCUCCAAGGAGAGUAAUGAUCUGGCUGCAACUGGGUUAACCCACCCAGAUGUUCCAUAUAGCAGUGGAGCCACAUCAUCCACCAACAAUCCAGAUUUUGUGGAGGAUCUCUCCCAAGGUCAGUUGCUUCAGAAUGAGGCUUCAAAUACAACAGAAGGCACUGAACAGAGGCAUGAAGAUGAGCAAAGAAGUAAGCGAGGAGGUUGGUCCAAAGGAAGAAAGAGGAAGAAACCUCUUCGAGACAGCAACGCACCCAAAUCCCCUCUUACAGGAUAUGUUCGGUUCAUGAACGAGCGUCGAGAACAGCUUCGAGCAAAGAGACCAGAAGUCCCAUUUCCAGAAAUCACAAGGAUGUUAGGCAAUGAAUGGAGUAAACUGCCUCCUGAGGAAAAACAGCGCUACCUUGAUGAAGCUGACCGAGAUAAGGAGCGUUACAUGAAGGAACUGGAGCAGUAUCAGAAAACUGAAGCCUACAAGGUCUUCAGCAGGAAAACCCAGGACCGUCAGAAAGGAAAAUCUCAUAGGCAAGAUGCAGCCCGGCAGGCCACUCAUGAUCAUGAGAAAGAAACAGAGGUAAAGGAACGGUCUGUUUUUGACAUUCCUAUAUUUACAGAGGAAUUCCUGAACCACAGCAAAGCUCGGGAGGCCGAGCUCCGCCAGCUUCGGAAAUCCAACAUGGAGUUUGAGGAGAGGAAUGCAGCCCUGCAAAAGCACGUGGAGAGCAUGCGCACAGCCGUGGAGAAGCUGGAGGUGGACGUGAUCCAGGAGCGGAGCCGCAACACCGUCUUGCAACAGCACCUGGAGACCUUGCGGCAGGUGUUGACCAGCAGCUUUGCCAGCAUGCCGUUGCCUGGAAGUGGAGAGACACCUACGGUGGACACCAUUGACUCAUAUAUGAACAGACUGCACAGUAUUAUUUUAGCUAAUCCCCAAGACAAUGAAAAUUUCAUAGCUACAGUUCGAGAAGUUGUGAACAGGCUUGAUCGUUAGGGAAUGGUCUUAGAGCUCCGUGAUGUUCUGUAAGUGGUUUUACUUGUGAGGAAUGAGAAGCCAUCCGUGGAAAUUUGAACUGAGUGGAGAAAGAGAGGGGGUACAGAUUGCUGUGCUUGGGAAAGGACUGUCAGUUAGGAGUUCAAUGCCUUCACCCUGGGAAGCCGUAGGAGAGAGCAGCUAGAGGAUCAUGGAUACAAACUCCCUGUGGAACCGUCCCUGUGCAACUUUGAAAGCGUACAGCUACUCUCCCAGGUCUUCAGUUUCCUGUCACCCGCAUUUCUUUCUGAUAAAGUGGGUCUGCCACAAAUUCCACCCACCGGGCCGCCCUGACACUGACAUCUCCUGCAGCAGAAGGGAAGCCUUCUCAUUGCUCCGCUCCACAUGGGACCCUUUUAUCAUGGCUCCAGUUUUCUUACCUAGCUGUCACUUUUUUUCUUAAAACCUUUUGGGGGUGAUUUUUUUUUUCUUUCCUUCACCCCCACCAAGUUCGACAUCUCCAUUUUCUGACCUCUGGGCUCUGUUGUGCAGCAGGGCUCUGAAGGAGAGCUUCUUUCAUUGGACAGGCCCAGGCUUCUCCCAUCAUUGUCCUGCUGUGACUCCAAAGAAAGGAGCUUCUUGUUGACAGUGUCCUGUGGAGCAAGGCUGUGUUUCCUACCCUACACGGUGCGCAGUGGGUGCCGGCCCUCACUGAGGCUUUGUGAUUGCUGCCCUGAAGGAGAAUGCUCUUUCCUUCCCCCUUGCUACUGCCUGCUGUUUCCUGAGCAUUGCUCCUGCACAGACACCAUGUCCCAGCCCCAGCAAGGCUCUUCUGUUCCCAUCUGUUGGCAGUGUCUUAUGGAGCAUUUUUGCUAAGGAAAAGGUCAUUGGUAAACAGGAAAGAAUGGGAAAAGUAGCUUCUCAUUUGGCAUUGAAGAGAAAAAAAAAAAACCCAAAGUUUAUCAUGAGUGGGAACUGAGGGAAUCCUCGUCUGCUUGAGGUAUACUGAUGCAAGGAUAGGGAUAGGGAGAAACGUUCAAAAUCGUCUCUUGAGCUGACAAACAAGGGCAUGGAGGAGUUUGUCUUCGUCCUCCCUCAUAGUCAUCACUGCAAAAUCGAUGUCGAAAGGACAGGCUUCCCUUCCUUUUCUCCUCUUAGGAAGUGAUAUUUUUUAACACCGAAAGGGAAGAAAUGUUUCUGAUUCUCACCUCAGGGUUUUGUUGUCUUUUGUUUUGAUGCUCUAGAGCACAAGGCUGACAGUUGCAGCUGAAAUCUUUGGAACCAAAGUGGGGCCUGCUGAGCCCAUUGUCUAGGCACCACGCCACGGAGGCAGGUGGAAGUGUGUCCCCUCACAAUCUGCUCAUGAGCCAGGGUACAAGCCAGAAACCCCCGUCGUGUUGCUGCACCAUCCUGUCUUCCCAGCAUCUCCUUACCUGAUUUCUUUAUUAGCCCAAAGGAAAUAAAAUAACAACAAACAACCCUUUUAAAAAAUGUUACGUGAGCACAUGUCAAGUUUCCAUGCACUGAAGCCCACACACCACUGCCUGGCAACUUCUUAGAAUAGGAGCCCAUCAUUAUCUGUUGCCAUAAGCCUGGCCUGCUUUGUUCUGUAUUUUCCUGUUUUCCUGCCCUCACCUGCUGUUCCUGUCACUUCGCUCAGACUCCUUGCUUGCUCAGUCCAAGCUAGAACACCCUGUGUGUGGCAGAAGGACAGCCAAGCCAGUUCUGGAAGUUUGUAUCCGCUGUCUGCCAGACACUUUGUCUCCUUCUUCUUUCCUCCUGAUAUCCUUUGUGUCGGUUUUGUGCACCUCUGUUAGCAGUGCUGUUGACCAAGAAAGGCUGUAACUUGGUCCAGAGGUUGUCAUUCUCCAGACUGUAGCUGGUCCAUCUGACACUGCCAUGGUUUUGUGCACCUCUGUUAGCAGUGCUGUUGACCAAGAAAGGCUGUAACUUGGUCCAGAGGUUGUCAUUCUCCAGACUGUAGCUGGUCCAUCUGACACUGCCAUGAAACAUUUGCGUAUUCGGGAAAGCCCCAGAUCUUGCAAGAGGCUACAAUCUAAAACCAUUUUCACAAAAUACACAGCCUACUUUUGAGAUACUACCUCUCCCAGUAGCUGCACACCUGACUCUGGUGGCUGGGAUUUAGCUGCCAUAAAACUGUCACAUUCUGUAAAGCAGGUCUGUGUUGCUCAACCAGGAGGUGGUAAGUGAGGUUACAGGCUAACACUGUACCUAAUUCAUGUUUCCCAGUAAACUUGUAGAUAUUCCUGCACACUUAACAGAUUCGUCUCAAGAAAUAAAUUGUUGCCUAUUCAGUGUUACAGAUUUCUUUUUUUUUUCUUUCAUUAAAACACAAGCAGCAGCUGAGGAAAGUAAGACAAAGUGUUUUAUUUCUGACAUUAAAUUUUAAGAAAACAAUUUGUGUGUAUGUGUUUGGAACUGCUGAAAUGCCAAGUUUUCUGUACAAGUGUUUUUGUAAUUAAACUUUUAGAUUUUCUUUGUUUUUGAAGAAGUUGAUAUGCUUGCUUGACACUUGCCUCAUUAAAACUUUUCUAUGUUGAAUCCA